AUGGUUGGAAGUGUCCCUGUCCUGCUUAUACCAAAGAUGUCUAUACUGGCGAAGAUAGCUGAAAUAGAGGCCGAGAUGGCUCGGACUCAGAAAAAUAAAGCGACUAUGGGGCAUCUAGGCAUGUUGAAAGCACGUAUCGCGAAACUGCGUAGAGAGCUCAUAACACCGAAAGGUGGAGGUGGUGGUGCUGGUGAGGGAUUUGAUGUUGCCAAGACAGGUGAUGCUCGAAUUGGGUUUGUUGGUAAGCAUUUCUCACAAUUAGAUGGCUUUUGGGUUGCUUGA